AUGGCAACACCAUCAAUCAAUCAAUCAUUCGAUACUCCAUCAUCAACAUCAACAUCAUCCUCAACAUUUGAUACACCAUCAUCAAACAUCAACACGAUCCCAACAACGAAGUCCAUCAAGAAACAACAACAACAAGAUGAUGAUAUAACGAAUGGAGUUAGAUUGGAUCAGUUCGUGGCCAACUAUACAAGUGAGGAUGAUCAUAGUUUUAAUGAGAUACAGGUUAAACAGAUGCAAGAACAUCAGAGGAAACAUAAGUGGAUGGAGGAUAGAACUCAGAGAUUGAAUAAUACAUUGAUGUUGGAGAAUGGAGGAUCCGAAGGAAAGAGUGGACCAGACACAUGGAAACAUACUGUGAUCAAUAAGUUGAUGUAUUAUCCACAGGGUCAGUCAGUGUCCGAGCCCAGUCCAGGCAUAUCAAUGCCGCCCAAAGAGAUAGUACGCGAGAAUACAAGGAUAUCAAUCGAUCUCUCAUCAUCAUCGUCAACAAUCAAGGAGUCGAACGAGAUACCAUUCAAUCAAUUAUCAAUCCCUGAACAACUGGCUCUUAUACAAAGAUUGGAACGUGAGGGCAAGUCAAUCGAUCAAUAUAUAUCGUCGAUGGGCUUCGUGUCCACGCCCCAGGCAACACCAAUGAGCAGUCUUGGAGACGAAUCCCCAAUGAUGACUUGGGGCCGCAUCGAUGGAACACCAUUGUUGCUGCCAGAGAAUCCAAUCUCCACGCCAUUGGACAUCAGUGGGUCCGCCCGCGGAUCAUUCAAGAUACCACAGACGCCAGCAAGGGAGAGGCUGGCAUAUCAGAUGGCCGACAAGGCCAACAACAAUUCGAAAAAGGUUCCCAAGAAGCCUGUGCCAUCGCCGCUGCGACAAGGACUGGCGACGUCCAAAGGUGCGCUCGAGUCAUUGUCACCUGCCGCACAAAAGUUGAUAUCAAUGCGAACACCAAAUCGAGGCGGACAAUCACCUCUCUUGGCCAAGGACCAACAACUACGUCAAAGCUACCGCACACCAACAACACCAACAUCCAAGACCAACAACAUAACCGGAACACCCAAGCCUAAGGGAGUAGUGACGCCACUGCUCAAGACAACACCCUCAGCGCCAUCCCUGUCGACUCCCAGUCGUCCAACCCCAGCUGCUGCAGCCACAGGAUCAAUCACCGACAACCUACUAAACUUUGGAUGA